GGCAAUGAGGCCGAUAAUAUUCAGUAACCUGAAGCAACAUCCUCCGGCUUCUCCAUUUAAAAAAGGCGGGAACUAGCCAAGGGCAACGCAGUGAUGGGACGCACGGAUCUUCACGUCCCGCCCACUUCGGCCUGUGAUUGGUGAGUAUGCUUGGCUCGUGGCAGAGGCGUCUCGUCUCAUUGGCUGACAGUCUCCCGAGGCUCCCGCGCUAGCCCCUCCCCUCCCCCAGCUGCCGACGUGGGGCUGACGGCCGCAGGCUGUUGGGAGCCCUGGGUGGGUGUAAAGCUGGAGGCGGAGGAUGGGGGGACUUCGGCUGCUGGCUGUAGCCCUCACGUGCUGCUGGUGGCCACAGGGCAGCCAGAGUAAAACGUUGCGGGGCAGCUUCAGCAGCGCCGCAGCCCAAGACGCUCAGGGCCAGAGCAUCGGCCACUUCGAGUUCCAUGGUGACCAUGCUCUCCUGUGUGUCAGAAUCAACAACUUAGCAGUAGCUGUUGAAAAAGAAGCUAAACUUUACCUGUUCCAAGCCCAGGAAUGGCUAAAGCUGCAGGAGAGUAGUCCUCGUUAUAGUUGUAGUGAAAAAUUAUCCAGAGCUCAGUUGACAAUGACAGUGAACCAGACUGAACACAAUCUGACCGUGUCCCAGAUUCCGUCUCCACAAAUGUGGCAUGUGUUUUAUGCAGACAAGUAUACCUGCAGAAGAGGAGAAGAGAUUCUCAGGAGGAAGAUAUCCCAUUUGAAUGGUGUUACUAAACCCAGAUCUGAAGGAAUCCAUUUGAUCAUUUUAGUGCUAGAGAAUCUG